AACGGACUCUGACUGGAAGAGGAGACGGAGGCUUUCAGCCAAAUUGGGAUGGAUGGCAGUUGGCAUUGAGAUGGGCCCCCUUGGGGUCAGGCCAAAGUGUGCUUAUGAUUUAUACCAGUUGUUUUGUUUGUUGUUGUUGCAGGAGUUGGUGUCCAUUGGAAGAGUUUGUGAAACCCUCUUGCUGCCCAGAGCUCCAGGUCCAAUGCAUCUUCCCACCACCUUAAACCACUGAUGGAUCCACCUCACAGGGCUCAAUGAGGAUGGCAAGGGAGAACAGCUUUCAGGACUCCUCCCUCCCCAUCUUGUACUGGUCAAGGGUCUUGGAUUGCAGACAAUAAGAAUCUACUUCUGGUGAAGUCCUGCUGAAAAGGGAUUUAUUGGCAGGAUCUUGGAUAGUUCCUGGAGUUACAGACAGCAAGAAAACCACACUCAGAACUGAAGGAGGAUUCAAGGAAGCUGAGGUCACUGAGAUCAGAGCCAGAAUUGGUUGUUGCCACUGUGGAGCAGUCCAGAGCCCCAGUUGCAGAAGACUUGUCCUGCCACCACCAUGAGCUCUGAAUGUGAUGUUGGUACUUCUAAAGCUGUUGUGAAUGGCUUGGCACCUGGCAGCAAUGGGCAAGACAAAGCAGCUGCCGAUCCUUUACGUGCACGCUCUAUUUCUGCUGUUAAAAUAAUCCCCGUGAAGACAGUGAAAAGUACUUCAGGCUUAGUACUCCCUUCAGACAUGGAUCCUACCAAAAUCUGCACUGGGAAGGGAGCAGUGACUCUCCGGGCCUCAUCCUCCUACAGGGAAAUCCCAAGCAGUAGUCCUGUGAGCCCUCAGGAAACCCCACAACAUGAAAGCAUGCCAGAUCUGGAGCCAGAGAAUUCUUCAGCAGAUGAGUGGAAGCUUUCUUCUAAUGCUGAUGCUAAUGGAAAUGCCCAACCUUCCUCACUUGCUGCCAAGGGCUACAGAAGUGUGCAUCCCAGCCUUCCUACCGACAAGCCCAAGGAUGCCUCUUCCUCCAGCCCAGCCCAGCCUGAGGUAAUAGUUGUCCCUCUCUACCUGGUUAAUACUGACAGAGGGCAAGAAGGCACUGCCAGACCUCCAGCAUCUCUGGGGCUACUUGGCUGCGACCACAGUAUCCCAGCGACUGCCCCUGCCACCUCACCUCUGACCUUCCCAACUCUAGAUGAUUUCAUUCCCCCUCAUCUGCAGAGGCGGCCCCACCACAGCCAACCAACCAGUGCUUGCAGCUCCCUUCCCCCCAUUAGCCAGACACCACCAUCCUUCUCACCACCACCUCCGCUGGUCCCUCCCAUACCGGAGGACCUCCACAGAGUCUCGGAGCCUGACCUCACGGGAGCUGUCUCAAGUACCGGUUCUAGUGCUCUACUAAGUGAAGUUUCUUCUUCUCCUAUUGGAACUGAUUCUCAAGCUUUUCCAUCAGCUAGCAAGCCAUCAUCUGCCUACCCCUCUACCACAAUCGUCAACCCUACCAUUGUGCUCUUACAGCACAAUCGAGAACAGCAAAAACGACUCAGUGGCCUUCCAGAUUCUGUCUCAGAAAGAAGAGUGGGUGAGCAGGACUCAGCACCAACCCAGGAAAAGCCUACCUCAUCUGGCACGGCUGCUGAAAAAAGAGCAAAGGAUGACAGUAGACGGGUUGUUAAGAGUGCACAAGACCUGAGCGAUGUGUCCGUGGGUGAAGUGGGCAUCCCACUCCGGAAUACUGAGAGAUCAAAAGACUGGUACAAGACCAUGUUUAAACAGAUCCACAAACUAAAUAGAGACACUCCCGAGGAAAACCCUUAUUCCCCUACGUACAAAUUCCCUGAGCUUCCUGAGAUCCAGCAAAAUUCUGAAGAGGACAACCCUUACACUCCUACCUACCAGUUUCCUGCAUCUACUCCUAGUCCUAAAUCUGAAGAUGAUGAUUCAGAUCUGUACUCUCCUCGAUACUCCUUUUCUGAAGACACAAAAUCUCCCCUUUCUGUGCCACGCUCAAAAAGUGAGAUGAGCUACAUUGAUGGUGAGAAGGUGGUUAAGAGGUCAGCCACACUUCCCCUCCCAGCCCGCUCUUCCUCACUCAAGUCCAGCCCAGAGAGAAACAACUGGGAGCCCCCAGAUAAGAAAGUGGAUACAAGAAAAUACCGUGCAGAGCCCAAAAGCAUUUACGAAUACCAGCCGGGCAAGUCUUCCGUUUUGACCAACGAAAAGAUGAGUCGGGAUAUAAGCCCAGAAGAGAUAGAUUUAAAGAAUGAACCUUGGUAUAAAUUCUUUUCGGAAUUGGAGUUUGGGAAACCGCCUCCCAAAAAGAUAUGGGAUUAUACUCCUGGAGACUGCUCUAUCCUUCCUAGAGAGGAUAGAAAGACUAAUCUAGAAAAAGAUCUCAACCUCUGCCAAACAGAGUUAGAGGCAGAUUUAGAAAAAAUGGAGACGAUUAAUAAAGCUCCCAGUGCAAACUCGCCACAGAGCUCAGCAGUCAGCCCCACUCCAGACAUUUCUUCAGAGCCUCCAGGAUAUAUAUAUUCUUCUAACUUCCAUGCAGUGAAGAAGGAAUCAGAUGGGGCCCCAGGGGAUCUCACUAGCUUGGAGAAUGAGAGGCAGAUUUAUAAAAGUGUCUUGGAAGGUGGUGACAUCCCUCUUCAGGGCCUGAGUGGGCUCAAGCGACCCUCCAGCUCAGCUUCCACUAAAGAUUCAGAAUCACCAAGACAUUUUAUACCAGCUGAUUACUUGGAAUCCACAGAAGAAUUUAUUCGAAGACGUCAUGAUGAUAAAGAGAAACUUUUAGCGGACCAGAGACGACUUAAGCGUGAGCAAGAAGAGGCCGAUAUUGCAGCUCGACGCCACACGGGCGUUAUCCCGACGCACCAUCAGUUUAUCACUAAUGAGCGCUUUGGGGACCUCCUCAAUAUAGACGAUACUGCAAAAAGGAAAUCUGGGUCAGAGAUGAGGCCUGCCAGAGCCAAAUUUGACUUUAAAGCUCAGACACUAAAGGAGCUUCCUCUGCAGAAGGGAGACAUUGUUUACAUUUAUAAGCAGAUUGAUCAGAACUGGUACGAAGGCGAACACCAUGGCCGAGUGGGAAUCUUCCCACGCACCUACAUCGAGCUUCUUCCUCCUGCUGAGAAGGCUCAGCCUAAAAAGUUGGCACCCGUGCAGGUUUUGGAAUAUGGAGAAGCCAUUGCUAAGUUUAACUUUAAUGGUGAUACACAAGUAGAAAUGUCUUUCAGAAAGGGUGAGAGAAUCACACUACUUCGGCAAGUGGAUGAGAACUGGUAUGAGGGGAGAAUUCCAGGGACGUCCCGACAAGGCAUCUUCCCCAUUACCUAUGUGGAUGUGCUCAAGCGGCCACUGGUGAAAAACCCUGUGGAUUACAUUGAUCUACCUUACUCCUCCUCCCCAAGUCGCAGUGCCACUGCAAGCCCACAGUGUCCCAGUCACAGCAAGCUCAUCAUGCCAGCCCCCUCAUCUGUGCCCCACCCCCGCCGAGCUCUGUCCCCUGAGAUGCACGCCAUCACCUCUGAGUGGAUCUCGCUGACUGUAGGGGUCCCAAGCAGACGGUCUCUGGCCCUGACCCCACCAUUGCCUCCUCUGCCUGAGGCUUCUGUCUAUGACACGGACCGCUUUGCCUUGUCAGCAAGGGCCAGUCCUUCUCUGCCCCUUACCAUCCCCUAUUCAAGUUGGUCAGAUCACUCUACCCACCGCCCAGUGGCUUCUCCACUGGCCCUGCCUCCACCCCAAAAAGCCUACUCCCUGGCACCCAGUGCCCAGGCCCCGCUUCACAUCAAUGGAGAUGGUGGGAUCCACAUCCGCCAAGACAGCUUCUCCCAGCCGCUGCUUGAGAGCUCUGAUAGGGUCAUCUCAGAGCUUAGUGAUGCCUUUAGCAGCCAGAGCAAGAGGCAGUCCUGGCGAGAAGCGAAUGGACAGUACGAGAGGAAAACAGAGAGUGAGGCAGGUGAGAGGUACCCUGGUGGACCCAAGAUCUCUAAGAAGAGCUGCUUGAAACCUUCAGACGUGGUCAGGUGCCUGAGUACUGAGCAGAGACUCUCAGAGCUCCACACCCCUGAGGAGAGUCGGCCCAGCAAGCCUCUGGGAAGCCCUUUCCUAGGACAGGAGGCUGGGCCUGCAGAGCUGCACAGAGGUGGAGAGGCUGAGAGGAAGGCUGCUCAGAGUGGUGUGAGUCAGCCUUCUCAUCAUUCAUUGAGAGCAGGACCUGAUCUCACAGAAUCUGAAAAGAGCUAUGUGCAACCUCAAGCCCAGCAGCGAAGAGUCGCCCCAGACAGGAGUCAAACCUCACAAGAUUUAUUUAGCUACCAAGCACUAUAUAGCUAUAUACCACAGAAUGAUGAUGAGUUGGAACUACGUGAUGGAGAUAUUGUUGAUGUCAUGGAAAAAUGUGAUGAUGGAUGGUUUGUUGGUACUUCAAGAAGGACAAGGCAGUUUGGUACUUUUCCAGGCAAUUAUGUAAAACCUUUAUAUCUAUAAGAAGACUGAAAACCACAGAUUAUUUUUAUUGGAGAAUGAAGCAUAAUUCAUGAACCGAUCUCUUUAUUUAAAUGUUGAGUCAGUAGGAAAACUAAUGGAGUGGAUACAGUAAGAAGUGAAAGAGAGGAACAGAGAAGUAUAUUUAAAACUCAAGCCAUGAGUUUACUGUGUAUCAGGGCUGAAUCAUGUUCUGAGCACAAAAAAUUGAGACAAACCUGUAUUUACUUAGCUGCUUCUGGGGGCCACUCCAGGCUUCUCUUCCCCUCCACCUCAUGGGUAAUCUGACCUGGAGUACAGUCCAAGAUCAUAUUUAGCCAGAAAUGCUUCCUGCUUCCCAGCAUUAACCCGCUGUCAUCUCAAAGAGGUUCUUGAGCCUAAAGCAACCAACCCUUGAGGACCAGGCAGGUAGAUCCCCAGCCAUGCCUGAGCAUCUACUGACCACCUGUCUCCAUCCCUGGCUGCCCUGCACCCAUUGACCACCCCCUCAGUGUUGCUAGGGGUCAGUCUGGGCUGCUGAGGCUGUCCCUCUGGUGGGACCUGCUGAGGUCCAGGUGGAGAUAUGGAGGCAAACCAGGCACUCUGGCAUUCAGCCUGCUGUGUGGCACUGCCCUUCACUGUGCUGAUGUUCAGACAGAAAAGCACAUGACGUUUGUCCUGAGCCUAGAGAGCAGAUGGCCAGGCAGAUAGGUUAUGUUUGCAUUGCCAAGUGACUAAGUGAGGAAGCCCCACAGCUCUGGGGGGUGACUUGAAGUGUGCAGUGUGUUCCUUUCCUAUGUCAGUGGCUUUAUAAAAUGCUGCCUCCAAGGCAGGGCAGCUGCAUUUAUCAAAGCACUAUUGCUAGCCUUUCUUUUCUGGCUUGUGUUUGGCUGGGACCAUUUGGGAUCCAUAGGUUUGUUCUCAUAGGAAAUUCACAAUGGUGUCUAGUGGUUCAUUUAACAUGCAUCGAUGCAUGCUGGCUGCAGGGAUAUCUAUGAGUAAUGCAUGCUCUGGACCUAGAAGGGACUCCAUGCAGAGGAGUUCAUGGUCCACUCAGCACAUGGUCCCCCAGGGUUGUGAGUCCUAAUGUACCUGGUAAGACUUCCCUUCAGAGCUGGGGUGCAGUUUAGCAGCCUAAGUGUGAAGCAGCAAUUAUGCCUGUACCAGGAAUAACCAGGAGUCUGUCCUUUGUGGGUGCUGGAUCUGAGGAGAAAACCCCCAUGACACCUGGAUGCUUAGUUACUACUCUGUCCAAGUGGUGAUAAGAAUGUUUAUCAGCUUCUUUGUUAGAUCCCUCAAUGACACAAACAUAAAAGUGCCCCAUUCAUUCCCUGCCCACCAGGAACUCAAGGUGAGUGGGAGAAAGAGAAUAAAGAACUGAAUAGAGAGAGACUGUGAUAUGUGCUAAGAAGGGUGUGAGAGGAAGAGAUGAGUUUCCCUGGAAGGACCUUAGAAAGCAUUGUCAUAUUUUCUGUCCCCAUUAGCUCACUUCUGAACAAUGAGGAUGCUGAGAGAACUUUUGUCUGAGGGUUGUUAAUGGCUGGAAAAACUUGGAACUUUUUCCAGAGUCUCCAAACUGUCAUCUUCCCACCAAUACCUGUCCAAGGCCACAAACAGGAUUAGCAAUUCUAUACAAGUAGAACUGGAACCCUGGCUGUCUGCAUGUAGCUCAGAAUUACCCCAGGACCAUUGUCCCAAAGUCUGGAGUCUUUACAAGUCAGCAAAAUUUGUCUUCACUGCCUCUGGCUCAGCUGCUGCCCGAAAUGCCCAUCUUGGGAUCCCACCAGCUUCCCACCAUCCACCAGUCAGCCACAUUGCCCUCACUUUCUCCCUAACUGUCUUUCAAGGGGGGCUCUCAGGAAAGAACUGCCACUUAUUCAUUCACACUAAAGUGUAAAUGACUGAUAAGAGAAAUGUGUUGCCUCUUCCUGCAGACAUUUGUUUUUAACUAGAACAGAUCAGAGCCUUAAUUCCAAGAGAACAAGAUGUGGAACUUUGGGAGAGGGGUUUUCUGGGUAGAAAGAAACUUCUUGAUUUUCUCUAGAACCCAGUGACAAUAUGACCUAUGCUUUGGAAGCUCUGCUCCACCAUCCAACAGCAUUGUUUUUACUUUCUCUCUCUCUCUGAGGGAUUACAGUAAAAAUGCAUAACCAUGCGCAUUUGCAUGGCAGCAUUUUGCCGGGUUUGGAAUGUGAUCCUUGUAUUGGCUUAAUGUGUUUCCUGGUCUUUCUUCAAUGCAAACCAUUAAUAAUGCAAUCUUAUCUAUGUUUUUUUUGAGGGGUGCUUCUUGAUUAAGUAGGUAAUUUUGAACACCUCUUUAAAUACAGCUAGAAAGUAAAACCAAUUUGUAAAGCCACAUUUGCAUAUGAUGCCAGCCUCACACAGCAUUUGUCUAUAAUCAAGGUUUGCCUCACCAACUUGCCCAUUUUAAUAAAACUAUAUGUUAAAAAUUGCAUCCCUUCAGCUUCCUAUGUGUGACAAAACAAGAAACAAAGGUUUCUGAUUACUCUUUUGUCUUCAGACAUUUAGUAAUAUAAAGUACCUAUUUUUAUGCUGAAAUGUUUAUACAGGUUUAUUAAUAGCAAGUGCAACUAACUGGCGGCAUGCCUUGCAACACAUUUUGAUAUAUUAAUCAUGCUUCCAGGUAAAGGCAAGGCCCAAACUACUUACCUUUUGCAGUCUCUCUGGGAUCAGUUAAAAAAAAAAUGUGCUUGAGAAGUGGGACUGUAAAUAUGUAUAUUUAACUUUGUAUAGCCCAUGUAUCUACCUUGUAUAGAAAAAUAAUUUUAAAAAUUUGAAUGGAAGGGGGAUAAAAUAAGGGAGUCAUGAAGUUUUUUUAUUUAAAUGAAGGCAUUUCAGAUAAUUCACCUGCAGACUUUUAGCACAAAAAUAGCCAUGGGACACUGUUAACACAAGAAUUAUUCUUUUGAGAAGAGAAAGUAACUAUAAUCUCAGCUACAGUUUUUUUUAUUUUUUAAUUUUUUUUGCAGUUCUAUUUAUCUGCAGUAAUAUUCACUCCUGUUGCUGGAAUAGCUUACUACAAAAAAAGAUUAUAUUCUGAAAAAAAACUGACAUUAUACAUAACCAAUUAAUUUAAAAUAUUGUCAUUUAAAUUAUACACUGAGCGCAUGUACUGUGCAUACACAGAUUUCUGUUCAUUUAUUUUUCUUUAUUGCAGUGGAUUGAUUUGACAAAUUGGUGUGUUGAAUUACUACCUUUGGUGUACAUACUGUUUAAUAAACUUUAUUCAGAAUUGUGUGGCAUAUGUUUGUUCUUGCCAUUUAUUAUUUUUUUUCCUGCCGUUGCCAAGCUUUCCAAAUGAGGCUUUUAGUCACUUACCACUUGACUUCCUCCAAUUCUUGAAAAUACCAUUUCUUACCUUAUAUUUUUCUCAGCAACUUAAUUCUGUGUCUCCCUCUCAGUUACUAUUAAACAUUUGACCUUUAUUUCUAAAAUAUGUUAACAAAAAUAAUGCACAUUUGUCUUUAAAAGCAAAAACGAAACAUUAUAAAUACACUAAAUCAAGUUAAAUCUGGCUUUGAGUCUUCUCUUGUGAUGGUGGGUUGCUUUGUUUUCUCCCAAACCAGGUGUGUCAAGGCACUCAGCAUCCAGUCUCUCCUGCCAUCCCAUUGCUAUCACAAUCCUAUCUUGUUCUGAUGGGAGAUGUGGGCUAUCCCCUAAAGGAAAAAUCCCAAAUCUUCAUCCUCUCUCUCCAUUGCUCUGUCCUCCACCUUCUCUAACUCUAAGCACCACUUCGCAACAGUGUCUCUGGGCAGCUCAGUGGACACAGGCCUCAGGAGGGACCUGGGAAUGGGGCUGUCUUCCAGGGUCUGCCAGUCUUCAUGCUGGGCCUGGCAUCAUAGCACUACUAACCUUCCUCUGGUGUCUCCAUCCUGUCCAAGAAAUCUCUCAGCCUACCUUGAGACUACUUUUAGAUCCCAGCCACUGGUACCAUCAUAGUCCAAGCUAUUCUCUCCUGGAUUAUUGCCAUCAACAUUUAGCUUCUAGUAUUGACAGAGCAACGAGAGUAAUUUUUUUUUU